AAGACGCAGUGGGUUUCAUCAAACCACUCUCUCUCUCUCAUUCUCUCUUUCUCUCUCUACCUCUGCUUGGGAGUCGUCUUCUCUCUCUCUCUAUCUCUCUCUCUGAUCUUGGCUCCGAAAAACCCAAACGACCCAAACACGCGCGAAGCCGAAAAGCCCUUCCCUUUCUCUCUCUAGAAUUCGCAACAGAAUUGUGCAGCCCCCUUCCGAAUCGAAUUUCGCGGAACCGGAAGGGACGCCCCGUGGACGGCUGCCGGCCCGCCCGCCCGCCCCCUCCUCCGCCCGCUCGGGCCGCCGAUCGCCGAGCCGUUUCAUGCAGCCGCCGCCGCUUGAUGCCCUCAUUCCCCACAAUCCCAAGAAGCGAGCGUUCUCGAGGCCAGGUGCGUUCAUGGACCCCGACGUCGUCGAAAUCGCGCCUCCCGCUCCUCGCCCCUCCAAAGAGCCCAAGCAGAAAGAGGCUAUUUUCCAUGAAGUAAUUGAUAUUGACAACGAUGAUGAUUGUGCUGAUCUUGUGGUCAUUGAUAAAAAUGUUGAUGCCAUGAGGAAAGGCAAAGCAGUGAUCGAUGUUGAUGAUUACUGCAAUGGUCAAGCAGUGGAUGCUGGUACCCCUCUUGUUCUCGGUGUCAAUGGUAGUGCUGAUGGAUCAAUCAAUGGGGGCAUUUCGCUGACGCUUUAGUGCAGGAUUCACAUUCCUUUGUAAAUCUGGACGGCCAAAUUUAUGAUCCUACUUCUUAUGAGGAUGAUUACAUGGACCUUUUGAAGAUGUACUGGAUGUUGAUGAAUACGAUACACUUCAAGCUCAUUUUGAUAAUAUGGAUAUACCUCCAGGCGUGGAAGCACCUAUACCUUGGUUGUCGGAUCUCCCAAGUAUGAAGACAAGUCCAGUGGUGGCAGUAGUUUGAAUGGUUCAAGCUCUCUGAUACAAACUGAUGCCUCAUUGAACCUCCAGGGGAUGGAACAUAUUGGCUUGACCGAGCCUGUGCAAACUCAGGUGAACCAUACUUCAGUUGUUCAUGGUCUGCCAGGCCAAGUCGACUCAGUGAGUCAAUCUACUUCAAUGGAUACAUCAGCACCCUACUUAGUCACACAGAAUGGCCAAAGUAAAAAGAAUCGUGCUUCUUCACAACGUAGUGGCAAUUCCAAGGCCUUGCCAUUUGGAUUGGAAUCAUUUAAAGCUCGGCGCAUUUUGAGCCUUUUCGAAAUAAGAAGACGCCAGAUGCAUCUGGUAGUUCUUCCAAAUCCAGUGCUGUAAAUAAAUUUGAUCUUAUAAAGCCUCCGUCUGGAGUUGAGCCUCCUUUAUGGGGCGAAGUUAUCAACACCAGUGGAAGCAAUCCUAGCGGUUCAAGCUAUUCAUUUGUCCCUCCAUUCCCUGCUCAAACAGGCACGCACAGCCCUUCUUCUGGAUCAGUACCAUUUGGUUCAUGGAUGAUGGGCCAUCCUAAGCAUCCCAAGGGUCAAUCAUAUAAACAUUCUGCUUAUACUAGUUAUGUGUCGCCUUUGCAAUCCUCUGUACAUAUCCUUCCCGUGGAAGAGGAAGACGGCAAGUUUCCUGAUGAUUUGACAGAAGAUCAGGGUGAUGGUUUUGAAGAGGAAGUUAUGAGAAAGCUGAAGCUUUUUAAACAAUUCGACACUGUUCAAGAUCAUUCUGAUCAUCAUUAUACAAGUGAUAGUUGUGGAGCGAAGCAACCUCCAAAAAACUGGGCGAAGAGAAUACAGGAGGAGUGGAAGAUUCUUGAGAAGGAUUUGCCAGAUACCAUUUUUGUAAGGGUUUAUGAAACACGAAUGGAUCUCUUGAGGGCUGUAAUGAUUGGAGCUGAAGGCACCCCUUACCACGACGGUCUUUUCUUCUUUGAUGUUUCCUUUCCUUCCGGUUAUCCUGGUGUACCUCCAAAAGUUUACUAUCAUUCUGGUGGGCUUCGCAUCAAUCCAAAUCUGUAUAACUGUGGGAAGGUAUGCCUCAGCCUCCUUGGCACUUGGUCUGGUCAACACAAGAAUGAGAAGUGGAUUCCUGGCGUUUCAACUGCACUGCAAGUUCUGGUAUCCAUACAGGGGCUUAUACUAAACUCAAAGCCCUAUUUUAAUGAGCCUGGAUAUGAGAGGUCAAUGAACACUGAGCAGGGAGAAUCGACAGCGAUGACAUAUAAUGAAGAUACAUUCAUCCUUUCACUGAGAACAAUGAUAUAUAAUAUGAAGAAGCCUCCUAAGGUAACGCUUGUUUUGCGCAUCUUCUGCAGAUCUGUUUAUAACUACAGGGCAAAUAUGGUACUUGUUCGCCUUAGACAAUUACAUAGACUAUUGUGAAUGCCAAAUAUGAUG